CAGGCAGCGCUGCCGCCGUGGUACUUAAGGAUACAGUGAAGUAGGCUAACAUGAACAGGACGGGGGAGGCGGUAGGGCAGAGGAUAAACAGCAACAACACUGUGUCGCACAGCAGGGUCCAUGUGUAAUGCAGAAUCAUUGUUUUGAAGGAGAAAGAUAUCGUUCAACUACGGAUGUGUAGAGUCUCUGUCAACCCCUCAGGGAGAGUAUUACUUUGAAGCAAAGCAAGGUCAGUUUCUCAGUGGAAUAACCUUGUUGACAACUGUGGUGGUGGGGCUGGUGUACACCUCAGGAAGAUGGCAUCACCCUUUGUGCCUAUCCCCGUGCCCAUGGACAGAGCCUUGUCAGGUGGCAACAACAAGCUGAGACGGCCACAGCGAGCUUCGUCAUUAGGUAGCGUGUCCAGCAGCUCAGAGGACCACAGAAGAGGAUGUGGAGGACUGGGCACCCAGCGCCAAUCCCGUUGCAUGGACAGAGACAGAGGCAGUCGCAGCCGGACGCCACCACCCCUCCAGAGCCCUGUGACGCGGACCAGGGUUAACGGGACACUGGAGCCCUCUGUGGAGUACUCCAGCUGUCCCCGCUCUAUAUCAGAUCCUUCAGGUAGUCAGCAAGAAGAGGAGAGGCCUAUCACCCCAACUGUCCUGGGGUAUGAAGUCAUGGAGGAGAGGGCCAAGUUCACGGUGUACAAGGUCCUGGUCAGGAAGACUCCAGAUGAGAGCUGGGUUGUUUUUAGACGGUACACAGACUUCUCCCGACUCAACGACAAGCUAAAGGAGAUGUUUCCAGGCUUCCGUCUCUCAUUGCCGCCUAAACGCUGGUUUAAAGACAACUAUGACACCGACUUCCUGGAGGACAGACAGUUGGGACUACAGGCCUUCCUGCAAAACUUGGUUGCACAUAAAGACAUUUCUAAUUGCCUGGCAGUGAGAGAGUUUCUCUGCCUUGAUGACCCUCCUGGUCCCUUUGAUAGUUUGGAGGAGAGCAGGGCAUUUUGUGAGACUCUGGAGGAGAGCAACUAUCGUCUCCAGAAGGAGGUGUUAGAGAAGCAGAGGGAAAUCGACUUCCUGAAUAGGAGGCUGGAGGAGAGGGAGCAGGCCAUUCUGCUACUGGAGAAACAUAUCAAUCAGGAAUGCGUGAGCCCACAGGGAGACUGUGGGCUCUCGGCUCAGGGCAGUGAGAGCAGCGCAGAUGCAGAUGUGGAAUCGUCCGCAGCAGAAGCUGAUCAGGACAUACCUGAGAACACUGGCAGUGCUGAUCCAGUUUGAAAAAAAAGAGCCAUAACACGUGAGAGGGAGAUGUGAGGUGCAGCUGGUGCGAUCUUCAGCCUGUUGGUGCGGACCGUCACUCAGCACCUCUCCUCCAGUCAUCCAGGUCACCCAGCUCUGUCAGCAGAAGCUGGAACACUGAUGUCAGCGGUUUCUUCCACUUUCUCCUCAAUCUGCAUGUCCUUCAAUUUGAGGGCUAAUGAAAACUUAUCUUUUGUUUUUUCUGCAACCUCACAGCCUUUCAUCACAACUCCCCCUUCUUUAAGAUUAUUGCCAAUAUUUUGCGUUUCAGCCUGAUCUGAGGCAGCCUUCCAUGUAACUCUGUGUAUAGGAUGGAAGAGGAACGGUUUUAUACUGAUGGAGCUUUCCACCUACGAAGGCUUCAUUCUGAAGAUCUUGUGCAACUUAAGAAGCUCGACUUCUUCUGGUUUUGUCUUUAACUACCACAGUGGCCAAAGUUGGGCUUCUUGACCAAAACAAUAAGGGAACUUAAGAUUAAGAAUCACAUGGCUGGAUCUUUUCAUGACUUUCACAACUGUGACAAUCUACAGAAAACAUGGAUCCUGAUUCCCUCAGCUUCUGCAGACAUGUGUCGACAGAAGCUCUCCGCUCUCGCAGAAGAAACGACAUGCCCACGCAGAUACACCAGUAACUAAACAUCUGGGUGAAUAAACAUCUCAGGAGACGCGAUGGUAACCAAGUGAGUGUCACAGAGGACGUGGCAGUUCUCUCUACUGCCAGCUGCUGUCAUUGCCAUCGACUGACCCCUCGUGUUUUCGCUGCGUUAUGUGUCCGGUAAGACACAUAUUGUAGCGAGAGAGAGCCAAGUAAAUGAAGCCUAUUGUUUACUUUUUGGGGUAACGUAAAGGACAGUUAAUCAUGUAGUUUCCCAUUCAAUCUGCAUUUAUACAUUAAUGGCUGCUUCUAGACAAUAAUUAAAUAUGUGCAAAAGCACGGGCAUUGGAAUCAAAAUACUAAUUAUUAAAAAGAAACACUCUUUAUUACCAGCCAGGUGAUAUUUUGCUUCAGUUGCAUUAAUAUUUACAACAUUAAACCUCUACUGGCACCCUAUCUGAUAACAGUGUAGAGCAGAGUGGGGUUUGUUGGGAUAUGGGUAUAAUUUAACAUUUCACACAUUUUGCCCUUCCUCUGCUGGAGGUGUUAAGAUAUUCACUUCCUAAAAGGAUGUAUGCCCCUACGAUGAUACAGUUUAUUUGAUUAGAGUUCUGCCUGUGGUGCUCAAACUGCUCUAAUUUCACUGGAACUACUGUUGACAGCACGGUUUCCUGAGUGAGUUGCAGGAAUGGCAGAAUCUCCGCAGGCAGAUGUCUGAGAAAACCCCACAACAUGCAUUGUAAGAACCACCUGCAAGGAAAGACCCCCUGCUGAAUAUGUGGGCACGUUUUUUUGUUGUUUGGGUGAAACGUAUCCUCUAUGACACCUGGAAACAGUCAGUGUGAUUCUUCUCUACCUGGUAAAAUAAAUCCCAGAAGUUAUAACCUGAGAAGAGCAAUUCUGAAAGACGGUGAACAUGAAGGGCAGAGCCUUGCAAUUUCAACACAGCCUUGGUUUUAUGAAAUCAGAGAUCAUAGUACUGUCAUUUUACAAAGAACUAAGGUGACGCUAGUUGCUUUUAGCUCUGUUGAGCCUUGUUGCUGUUGUAUCACCGUGAAAUAACAUCCCCUGAAGCCAUUUUCUUAAACCCAAAUACGAUGUGAGUCGACAGAGGUUUCACAUGUGUGUAGCAGCUAGCUGUGUGUGUGUGUGUUUGUCCCCUAAGAAAACACACAUAAAUACACACCUGUUGUCUUGAAGAGCGAGUAGAUGUGGAAAUUGUUUCAAACUAGCCGGGAGAAGGUCCUGUGAUGCACUUUAUGGAUGAAUGGUGAUGGUAAUUGUGAAUUAUUUGUUAGGAUUUGGUUUUAAUGACUUCAUUAGUUUGAGAUGGGGAAAAAAAAUGUCAUAGUUCCCAUGUGUUGAAAUGUGAUGAAUGUUGGUUCUUUUCCUUUUUUUGUACGUUCACGUAAGAAGUGCCUUGACUAUAUUUCACCUAACUUUUCGUUUGACUCGUGUGAAUAGCUUUAUGUGUUUGUGUGGAAAACAGAUGCAAGAUGUUCUUCUGAUGGAAAUACUGUUUUAAAUAAAUAACACUCGUAUGUGCAAGUCAUUGCUUAGAAUAGACUGGAUGACAUGUUUUUUUGUCAAGAGCAAAUUUAUUCAUAUGAACCCUUGGUUCACAUAUACACCUAUAGUUGCACUAUAAAUGAUGAUUAACGUUUGGUAUCGCUACAGAAGUCCUGGAUUUGCAAAGAUAAAUCACUAAAAUGAUGGUUUGAAAUGAAUACUGUAAUUACUGUAAUGUCCUUUAUCGGAAAUAAAUAUUUAAUUCACAUGGAAUUAAAGCCUGCAACGGUA